AUGGUAGUAACUUCAGGAGGUCAUUUAUCGCCCACCGGCCGUCUUCUUUUUUUUUCGUGUUUAUUGUGCUUUGUUGUAAAAAAUGCACUUGGUUCCACAAAAUCACUCUCCGCAAAUUUAGUUGACUCCAAUACGAGCCUGCCAGAGCAAGCAGACUCUGAUGAGGAGCAUCAUAAGCACACAGCUAAAAGCGCAUUGCAAGGAGAGACUAUCAAUGAUAAAGUAGUCAAAAUCAGCGCAAACUCAAUUGAUUACACAAGGCCUAAUAAGAAGGAUACGCUAUCCGAUCUAGGAUGGAAUGCCAUAAUGCCACGAAGUCAAGGCGCUUCAAUAAAGGAAGAUUUUGCUUAUAAAAGGGCAGAAAGCGGUCACCGAAGGCCCCCGAGUGAACGAAUCGGACCGGAAAUAUAUCCAGCCAGCUGUCAGCUUCAACUAGAGUGUGGGCAGACGGAAUCCAAAACCUUUAUAUCUACAUCCUCUUUGGCAAUGGACAGUGAAGCUGAUAUUUCGAAUAUGGGUUCAGGAAGACAGAGAUAUUCUGUCGAUUCGGGCAUAAUGGAGUCUCCUUUAGACCCAAUGGAAAGUUUGAGCUUGUCAGGACGAAGCCGAAUUCGAGUUCCCGUGCGCAGCGCAAGAGGGCCUCAGGGAAUCCGGGGUCCCCAGGGGCAGCAGGGAAAGCGAGGUCCGCAAGGAUUUCCUGGCCCUCCAGGACCUCAAGGGCCUGUAUAUGCCCCGAGUAAGCUUUUAUUAUCACCAAAAAAUAAAUUAUUGCAUUAUUUUGAUCUGCAGCCUCACUAA